GUUGCGGUCUGAUGCGGUUGCAGUCGUAAAGGCGAGGCUGGAGGGGGCGGCGGCAGCGGUGGCUACCUGGACCUCGGGGACCGUGUAAAAAGCGGGUAGUGACUUACAUGCCAAGAAAGGAUGGCGCAGUCACAGUCCAAAGCAUCUCCUCCCAAGGGGAAACAGAGGUCUUUCUCACCGGCACCUAGAAAGUCUGAACACAACAAGCAAAGAUACUCUCAUGGGUAUCAUGGCUAUGGCUAUAGGAAGGAUCUGAACAGAUCCACCACCUGGAGAAUGUACAAGAAUGGACAGAGUAGACCAAGGAAUUCUGCUCCGGAAAAUACGUAUUACCGAUUCCAUAACCAUAGAGCACCUUUUCCAAACACAAGAAGCUCUGUAGACCAAUUUCAUUUUUAUAAGCCUUACCAAGCAUAUUCACCAGGAAGAGAGGAUGGUAACAGGUAUAUGCCCAGAUACUCGGAAGGUGUACACUACCCAGAGUAUCAGUGGGAUUAUUUUCCUCAGCACAUGCGAGGAAGGUCCAUUCAUUAUGACUACAGAGGUAGAAGAGGCGGAAAAAGAGGGAAAUCACCUCAGCGGUCCACAGAAGAUUCUUCUAGAUUUGAAGGAAAGCAGCAUGAGGAUGAGCUGAGGUCCCAGAAGAUACGAGAUGAAAAAUAUUCUCACUCUCUUAGAAGAGGUCCUGAAGAUUUUGAGAAAAGGAGCUUUUUUCAGAAGAGGCAUACUGAGGAUCGUGACUACAGAAGAUACGGAUACCCGACAAAAAGAUAUCCAGGCGUGGAGAGGCAUGAUAACAGAGAGCCAUCCAGAAAUGCUCAGUGGAAGCCGAGGUAUCCCCCUUCACCUCACCAAGAGAACAAAGCUCAGCGUAGCCCUAAGUGCCAAACUCAUCGACGUGCUCAGAAGAGACUCCCAGAGACCAGUUCAGCAACCGAGGCAUCCAGUUACUCUCUCCACAAACGCCGCAAAACCUCGUAUGGGGACCAGGACUUGUCUGAUGGAAAAACUCGGAAACGCUCUAAGGAGGAAGAUAAAAAGAAUACUUCUCAGAAUGACAAUGGAAGACGGAGACAGACUGAAGAUGGGAAAGACAAAAAACCUUUAAAAUCAUCUAAGAAACACUACACCGCCUCUGCUCAUUCAAAUGAAAGUGUUGGUUUCAGAACCUCUAAUGGCAAACAGAAGAUGAAAAGAAAGAAAGAAAGGGGUGGCAGAAAAGAGAGCAACUCCUCCAGUAACCAACUUGAUGAAAGUAAAGCUUCUGAUAUGAAACCUUCAUCCACUAGUCUUAGGAAGAAAUCACUUAUAAUUACAGUACAUAAGAAGAAACCAUUGGAUAUGUCCAGGGUUGCUUCUUUCAAGAUAGAGAGAGAGGUGUCAGCUGAUUUGUCUGCUGUUGGCAGGAGAAAUGAGGACAUGGAAACAGCGCUUGAACAGCUUGGCUCCACUGAGAAUACCGAAAACAAAAGUGAAGAAGAUUUUGCUCAGGAAAUCAUAACUGUAAUCCAUCAAGUUAAAGUUAAUUAUUUUCCAUCACCUCCCAUUACUCUACAUGAGCGUUUCUCAAAAUUAAAAUAUCAACCAGCUAGAGAUGUAAAUGAAAGUAAAUCCAUUCAAGAUUCAGGAGAUAACAGGAGACUAAAUAUGUCUUUGGCUGGGCUUCCCAGUAAACACGUUAUGGUAUGUGAUUCAGAACAGACUCUGGUCAAAGUAAUAGAUCCAAAUGAUCUACGACAUGACAUUGAAAGAAGGAGAAAAGAACGAUUACAGAAUGAAGAUGAGCACAUUUUUCACAUAGAUAGUGCUACAGAGAGGAAUGAUCAGCCUUUCCCUUUUUUAACUCCUGUUGGUAGACCUCAAAACCCUCAAUGGGCUAAAAAACCAAAUUCUACAAAAUUUAUUCAGAGAACUUACAUGACCAACUUUAGAGGUGGCGGACGCCAGCCCCAUUAUAAAUCAGGCCUCGUGCGGAAGAGCUUGUACAUUCAGUCCAAAUACCAGCGUUUACGGUUCUCCGGGUCAAAGGGAUUUACCACUAAUAAAUUCAGACAAAGAUUAAUGAAGAAAAAGGAAGACUCAAACAUGGCCACUGCAGACAAAUUGGGAAUCGAGACAAAGGGAAGCCACACUACAGGAAGAUAUUAAGAGCAUCUCUGUCAGGACUUAGAAUUAUCUGUAAACACUAAUACUGUAACUUUCUUGAAGAAAAUAACUUUAUUUUUGUGUAGUGGAUGCUGCAACUUUUUUAUACUUGCUUUUACAUUACAGUAUUCAAUUGAAAAGUUGUAUAACUACAGUUUCUUUUGCAAAAGGUCUCAAAAGGACAUUCAUUAUUCGUUGGAUUUUUCUCUGAGCGUGGUUUCAUAGGGGACUUAACUGAGUUACAUCCCAACGUUGAUAUGUUGAAAGUUUUUCUUAUGUGAUAAAAAACAAAAGUA